AUGGCAAACCGGAUCGAGGAGAUGAAACUUACCAACAGACUAAAUCCGUACAAAACGAGAGUACCGCAAUUGGCGAAGCAACUUGAUUGGCUGGAUUCGAACAAGAAGCCUGUGGAGUGCUUUGAGCUGUUGGAAUUGAAUAUGGGGGAAGAAAAUUUGUUGGCUAGCCCAGAAUUGGAACACUUCAAUUCCUACUUGGAAAUCUACAAUAAGAAGAAUCCCACCCGCCAAGUCACGCUCUUUGGAAUUUUGCGGAAUCGUUUUGGAAAGAAAAGAUUGGAGGAUAUCAUUGAUGCUGGGUUGGAAGACUCUGUACAUCAAAAUUAG